CACGAGGAUAAUUUCGGUACUUGUCGGUGUUGUAAGAUUGAAAAUGGAGUCCGGAACUUAACUGUAAAUCCAAGUAGAGGAGCAUAAAAUACCGUUUUUUCUUACUUCUGAUCAAGAUUUAGGUUUCAACGAGAUCACAGAUCGUGGGAAUGGCUUCAGCGUCGCGUAAAAACCAAUUCAAAGUGGUUUUGCUAGGGGAGGGCUGCGUUGGUAAGACGUCCCUUAUGCUCCGAUACGUACAAGACAAGUUCAACGAUAAGCAUUUAACUACCUUACAAGUAGGUAACUUUUUGUGUUACGUGAGUCGUAAACCUGGCCCAGAGCCAUCACAUGAUACAGUAUAUAAGAUUUGGAAAAAGGGCAUAAAUUAAAGAGUUACUUAACUUAUCAUAUCAUAGCUCUUUCCAGUCAGACUGGAGACCGGCCCAUUUCUUCAUACGAUUCCCGAUAUCAGUACUGAAUGGACAAUGUCUUCUGUGUUUAUGAUGAGUUAAGGUGUUGAUGUAUCAGUUUAAGAAAUAUUUAGGUAAUUGAGAGUAUUAGAUUAUUUGGACAUAUCAUGAAAUUGAAAUUUGUGUGAAAUAAAGGAUGAUCGACAACUUUGUGCUGAAGUUACUCCUUUAUUACUUCGUACAAAACGUAUAAUUCUAAAACAGAUGCUUACGUAAAUGCGAUUAGUUCCUUACAUUUCAUAAAACAUUCCAACCAAAAGUUAAUUUAGUUACAACUAAGGGAUUUAUAUGUUGGAGCUUGCUUUGAUCUAUUCAAAAGAAAUUGCAACAACAAAACCGAAAAACAACCGGAUGUGAAUGUGCAUGUUAUGUAUAGACUUACAUCGAGUUAGGACAGAACAAGAGACUACUAAUUUACCUGGCUACCUUAGUAUUCUUCAUUUAGGAAUGUAAGGGAUAUUUUGCACCAAUAGGUGAUUUCCUUUACUUUCUCUUUGAUAAUAAAACCAUUGGGAAAUAACUGUGAACAACUUCAUUUUGAGAGUAUUUGAAUAUGUAUGUUGUAAACAUGUUUGAAAACUUCUGGAAUUUUCUCUGCAGACAGAGGCUAACCUCUUAAAACACUUCAGACAUGUAAACAUUUGUGAAAAAAUUUUGAAUAAUUAAAGCAAGUCUUUGAGCAGAUGUCACACUUUCAACUUACAGUCCUUUUAAUUUGGACAGUAGAAGUACAUGUAGCUUAUUUAAAGGGGUGAGCAAUGAAAAACCAGGACACAGGAGGUACCAUGCUGUUUGGACACAUUGUGGGUCUAGGGCGCAGUGAUUAUUCACUGCUUGUUGACAUCACUAUUUAUUGUUCCCUUAAAAUUGCAACAUGAGCAACCAAAUUGCUGAACACCAUUGAGUCACAAACCACACCACAGACUGGGUUGUUGGACAAUGUUUCACCUAUACAAUGGGGAACUUUAAAACGUCUUACUUUUGAAAGCACGUUCAUUAACUUAAAACCAACCCCCCUCAACUUAUGUCCAACCAGUUCACAACAUUUACUCAAACUUACCAAACUGAAGGACCUAACAUUACUCACGGAUCAAAACCAAAAAAUUAGAGCUGAUUUACAAUAAAGCCUUCUCUCACCUAGAUAAUGAGACUAUCAAGACCAUGUUAUAAUAGUUAUUAAAUGCUUUCAUCUUCAGAACAAAACUUGGCACAUGUGAUAAACCUUUUUGUUGGUAUGCAUAUUAAUAACUGAAGUGAAAUAUUGUCUCAUUGUUUCUUUCAAGGCAUCAUUCUUGAAUAAAAGAUUAAAUAUAGAUGGGCAAAGAGUGAACAUUGCAAUAUGGGUGAGUAUAUUGAUUCAAAGUUAACACACUACCUGUUGAUAAAAGGAGUUGGCAUAGCUAUGAAUUGAUUCAAUUGAUUUAAUUGUUGUAAGUUUAUAAGGAAAUUUCCAGUUAUUCCAAAACUCCAGAGAAAACUUAAAAGUAGAGACUGAGUCCUAGACAAGAAUAGGCUUCAGACUACAAUAUUUUAUAAUUUUUGAGUGUUGGAAUGUCAUAACAUAAUGCCCUGUUAUCUUAAAUCAAUUUCUCAUUCAUAUAUUUAUCUAUCUAUAGGACACAGCAGGCCAGGAAAGAUUUCAUGCUUUAGGACCAAUUUAUUACAGAGAUAGGUAGGGAGUCAACAUACUUUUGGAGUUUUCUGUUGUGUGCUUUAUAUAAAAGUAGCUACCAAGUAUUGUUGUGAGGUGUCUGGUGUCAAGUAGACCACAGAGCAUGUCAAAAUCAUUUAUGUGUAUUUCCUUUAAUAGAUCAUAAGAACAAAUUGGAAUGCAUAUAUAACUCAGACCGUUAUAUCAUCGUAAAGCUAUAAUUGGGCUGAUCUGAACUGAUUAUUUCUAAGUUGGUUUUUUUUUUCAUUUUUGCAGCAAUGGUGCAAUUCUAGUUUAUGAUAUAACAGAUGAAGAUUCCUUUUUCAAGGUAAUAAAAGUUAUGAUGUUACUUGACUGUUACAAAUGCACAGUGUAAUGAAUGUUGUAGCAUUUAUAAAUUAAUAAUUCAGUUGUAUAUCUUUUGUAUGAUAAACAGGUGAAAAACUGGGUCAAGGAACUUAAGAAAAUGUUGGGAGAAGAUAUUGCACUCUGCAUAGCAGGUAAUAAUGUCUACUUGUAGUUUUGUGUGUUGAGAUAGAUAUCACCUCUCUUGAUGUACCCUAUAUUGAUAUUUGAUCAUUAUCUUUACAAUAGGAAACAAAAUUGACCUCGAAAAAGACAGACAUGUGGAGGCAUCAGAGGCAGAAGCGUAAGUCUGUUAUCUUAAAACUCUUUACUGCUUUUGUUACCUUCUAAGAGUCAAAAUUUAGGAUACUGUAGACACCAGUAUAUAAGCUGCACCAGCAGAUAAGCCACACCCCAUGUUUGGAAGGUGGAGUUUUAAGAGGGUUGCUUUUUAUUUGGGUUACAUCACUAACAUUGAACACAGAUAACACUUUGUAUCAUAGCUUAUAACUUUAGCUGUAUUAGUAGGGACAUCAUGUCCACUGACUUAGACUUUAGUUUUUUUUUUUAAACUCUCAGACUGGUAUUGUUCAACCAGUACUUUUUUCAUUCCUGUCAGAUUUUAAAUCAAGUGGUAAAGAAAAAAGCAGAAAAUAUUUUUUGGUUCCUUGGGUUUCUUAUAGCUUAGUUGCCAAGCAUUUGAUCAGGGGAAGGGAUACUAGACACAACUAGCUUCUGAAACAUAAAAUGUUCAUGGCAACACACAGCAAGGUUCCUUGUCAGUAACUUUUAGCUACUCAAGGAUGCUACACAAUAUUAUUAAUAUAUCAGCACCUUCAAAAUGCACAUGAAGGGGGUGGAAACCCUUUGUAACUUUAAAAAAAUAGCCAAGAACAGGAGAGUAAUCAAAGAAACUGAAAGUGAGCUUGUAAUAAUUUUGUCUUAGAUCAUGAUAAACAGGUAUAUUGUAAAUCACAGAUCUUCAAUCAUUAUAAUUCCAGGUAUGCCAAGACAGUAGGGGCAAAGCACUUCCAUACAUCAGCAAAACUUAACAAAGGUGUAGAAGAAAUGUUCUUUGAGCUUGCAAAGCGUAAGUGUUAUUUUGUACUUUAAUUUCUAGCCAUAUGAUGAAUUCCUCCCUAAAAAUAUUCACAUAUAGUUUGCUACUUUUUCAGGUGGUUUGUGUAUCUGGAAAAUUGUAACCAAAAAAAUGUGUUGUUCUUCUCCAUCUGUCACCUUUUUUUGUUCCAUUUUGGUUAAUUCUUGCCUCCCUGGUAUUUAUCCUUACUAAAAACAUGAAAACCUCUCCUUUAAUGUUACCCACUUUAAAAAAAGAAAUACGUAAAGUUUAGUGGAAUUGGAAUUUGUCAUGAGUUUGUCAAAUGCCUGGGGAAAAAAGUUCUUGCACCAUACCUGUGGUUGUAGACUGUUAAUGAACAGUUAACUUAACUUGAGUGAUUGCAUCAUGCGCACAUUGCAAGUGGUAUUUGUUACGGUUUUUUCCUCAAAGAAAUGUUGGAGAGACAAGAAAAAAAUGAGGGCAAUCGUGAUGGAAUACCUGACAGAGGAAAUGGCAGGCGGAAGAAUGUGGUAAUAGUUGAUGAACAACCCCAGCGACAGAGCAGUAGUGGUUGUUGUGGUGGAGGGGGAUCAUAGAGUUUAUCAUGUGCAAACUGUGGUUUGCAUUAUCAAUCAGUUCUCUCUCUUGUCUCUGUAAUAUAGAGCUUUAGAUAAGGUAAACGAUAGUUUAUCAACAGCUAAUAGUGUGGAGAUAAUGUUUUGCAAGGAGGAAGUGGUCUGACCCCAAGUUUGAUAGUCCUGAGAACCAUAGAUCUUUAUAAUGCCAUAGAUCUUUAUAAUGUUUAGUGCGGAAAAGGACAAUUUAAUAUAAGUAUUCCUUGUAUCAAUUAUUUUGUCUUUCUCAGUAACUAAUUGCCUGUCACUUCUUUUAAAGCUGGUAGUUAUAAUUUGGCAAUAGUUCUAUUAUAUUUACCCCAAACUUCUUUGGGGUAUUUGGUAUUUGAAUACUGUACUACAGGUGCAGGUGUAAAUUGACAAGCAAUAAAUAUUAAUCAAGUUGAGUAAUGAAGUGCCUAAGGGGUUGAAGAAUUAGACUGACAAACUGUUAAAUGGCCUGUUUUCUCAAAUGAUUUAAGCUGUCAAAUACAUUUGUAUUCUGAGAGGAUAGUGAAUCUGGCUUUUUCAAACGUGAAAAGAUGAGAUGACCUCCUGAACCAUGUCAUAUCUCGCCAUGAAAUUGUAAGAGGGUGUAUGACCCAAAAAGGUGCAUUUACCUUGUUUUUAGCUUAAUGGGCUCACUUAUUAAUUAAAAAUAAAAGUGAUUUUGUUCUGACAAUAUACUCCUAAGCUGCGUCUAAAUGUAGUAAUAGGACAAUCUUUUCUAUUUUAUAGCUAUGUAACUUGUGGUAACUUAGUUGACAUAUAGUGGUUUUGAUAACAAGUGGUAAGCCUGCAGCUAUAGCCUCCUUAUCACUUUCAGUGUAUUGUACAUUCAUAACAAAAAACCACAUUAACUAGAUUGUGUCAAUCAUGAGUGAUGUUCAGUUGCAUAUUUUGCACUUCUAAAAGAUAAAUUAUGCCAAAUGCAGCUGACUCGUUAGUGGUGAGAUCAGAUCUGGAUUGGAAAAGUCCUUUUUUGGAUAUAACUGGAAUCAAAGAACAGGCUCUCAUCUCUCUUCAUGAAUGUAUGCCAGUGAUUUGAGAUUUUGAAAGUUGUUAUACUUGGCAGGACUGUCAAUAAGGGCUGUACCCUUAAUGUUACUGUUAAUGUUACGUCAAUUGCCGUCAUGUUACACCUCACCACAUUUUACACUGCUGUGGGUGAAAAUCCUCAGGUAAUGGCUGCUUCAAAACUUACAGCCAGCUCUGCUCUGUUUGCUGUCUAGUGGGUCUCUCUAGUUUUUUUUAAAAUUUUUUUUAUGAGGUAAAUGUUUUCCAAGCUUAUGUGAGGAAUGUAUAUGAAUACAAUAUUUCAGCAAAGAUUGCACAAGUGGUAAUAUUUUGGUAGUCUGAUGGUGUGAAGUUUUGUAAAAAUGAAAAUUACAUCAUGGAGAAUGCAAGUUAAGUUACUUUGUAAUUCUGAGCUUGGAGUUUUUACUGAGAAAUUAUUAUUAAGUUGUGCAUGCUUUCUUUGUCUGAUGAUUUUGUCAUUGCUUGCUGUAAAAUCACCCCAGUAAUUUUGUCCUCUUUUUUGUAUUGAAGAGUCAUAAUUUAUAUUAAAUAACAAUUUGUUGUUUCUAUUCAUCUCAAGAACAGGAUAACCUUUUUCAUUGAAUUUUCAACUCCAAAUAUCAAAUUUCUAUGUUUUGAUUGGUUCUCUCAACUCCAGUUACCAGCUCAUAUUCCAAGUCACCUCAUAUGGAAAUACAUUGUGCCAACUGUUGUGCAGCUGUAAAAGGGCUCCAAAUAUCCAAACAUUCAGGAUUUACAAGUAAUGAAAUUCAGUUAAAAAACAAUUAUUCCAUUCUCACUUGUUGGAUAUGAAACUGUUUACAGCCACCUUGGCACUAUUUACCAUCUCAUAUCCAAUGCCUUCUCAAGGAAUAAUUAAGUUCACACUCUAGAAACCAGCCUGGUAGCCAGUUAAUGUAUGAUAUAUAUUUCAAGGUAUUUAGUCACUGGAAUUUUACCCCAUUCUUUUCUCUUUGCCCUUGGUAUAAAAAUGCAAAAAUCACAAAUAUCUCUUAAUC